AUGCCAAAAUUGUAUUUACAUCAAAGCAUUCGCUACAGUACGCAUUUUAAUUUGCUAGUAGUCUAUAAACAAACAGUUGUUUAUGGAGGAAAUGGAGAUCUGUAUCAUUUAUCUGUAAAACGUAUUUUAUAUAGUCAGGAAAUGACUGCUCAGUAUGGUCACAGUGGUGUAGUUAAUGAUCAGCCUCUUAAAGCAUUAGUACACAGCGGCGCAGUGCACACACCAACAACUUUGACUCUAGACGACUCUCACCAGCAGAAGCAUUGAGAUACGAGUGAUGGAAAGAAAAGAUGUAGAGGAGAUGCUUACUGAUGCCAACAGAGAUGCUAGAAACCGUCUUAGUGCCAGGACAAAAACAGAGAACUCAGACACCAAGAAACACCAAAAACCUCAACACACAGGAAGUGAUUGUGUGAAGGUCAGAAGCUUCAGAGCAGCCGUUGUGUGUUUGGUGCUGCUGUGUGUUCUCCUGCUGACUGCAGUCAUACUGCUGGGUGUCGAUCUCCAUAAUACAAUUGAGGAGUUUUACACCAAGAACAAAAAUAUCACUGACGAGAUAGAUCAGUUAACAGACAAUAAAAACGACUUGGAGAAGAAUAUUACUACAUUAUCAGUUGAUAAAAAAAACCUAAUUGACAAAAAUCUAGUAUUAAAGGAAAAGAUGACAGAUUUGUGGCAGCAGAUAAGAAAAAUGGAUGGAUGGGUAUGCCAUCAAUCCAGUCUCUACUUUGUUUCCUCACGGAAGAAGAAAUGGACUGAAAGCAAAAAUGACUGUACAGAGAGAGGAGGGGAUUUGAUGAUUAUGAACAGCAAAGAACAAAAAGAGUUUUUUGAAAAAUAUGGUGAAUUCUGGAUUGGUCUGACUGACCGUGAGGGCAGUUGGAAAUGGAUUAAUGGGAGCACACUGAACGCUGACUUCUGGAUGAAUGGAGAGCCAAAUCGAGACCGUACAGAGAACUGUGUUGUGACUUCUUCAUCAGGCUGGCGUGACUUUUCAUGUGAUGAAGAUUUUAAAUGGAUAUGUGAGAUAAAAACAUCUUAAAUUAACAUCAGCAAUGUGAUCACUAAUAGGAAACAGGUAAAAAAAUAAAAUAUAUAAUAAAAUAAAAUACAAUACAAUUGUACUCGUUUUUGCUUUUUUGUAAGCUAAAUAUACAGAUUAAGAUAAGUAUCUUCUACAAAUGUCAUUCUAUUACUGUAAAUCAUUUUCUUUAUUAAAUCAUUGAGCAAAUAAAUUUGUGUUUGCGUUUUUUUAAUGCAUGUGUGCAGCUUCUAAUGGCUAACUCUGGCUAAUAUUCACUUCCAAGA